CAGCAUCUCAGACAGGAGCAAUGAGCAGACAACGAGAACAAGCCACGACAUGCGAGAGUCCAUCGUCCAAACGCCAAGGUUACUGAGCCAAUAUGGGCUAAGUAGUGGGUCAGCUAUCUAUGGGUCGCUUGAUGUUCGAGUAGUACUAUAUAAAAGACAAACACUUGUGUAAUAGGGGCAUGAACAAUUUAGCUAUCAAAUAUCAGACAAACUCGUCUUCCUCCCAGCUAUUCCCUUCUCCAAGUCUUAUUCUCCUCUGAGCUCUUCCUCAUCGAUCCCCCUUAUCAGGUGUCGCUAACAUUUGGUAUCAGACUAGGACUCAAUCUCGAUGGAGGCCACGAUGCAGGAUAUUCUAGACGCACUGGCGCGCAUGGAGGCACGCUUGACCGAUGCGCUGAUGGGUCGCUGCGGCGAGCAGUACGCACGCGAGCACACUUCCCCCUUCGACGGAUCCGCGCCUCCUUCUUCCAUCGUCAACACACAGUACCGCGACGAGGCAAUCCUUCCGCCUCUCGUCCACGACGACGCUGCGAAGGUGGCGUCCUUGGAUUCGGGAAACGACUUUGGCCUGCAGCAGACCGCCACGGUGCUUGCGUCCCUAGGGUCCGACGAGAUGUCUUCGUCGACCAUGCCCCUCGCCGGCUCCAUAUCCGACCGCUACAUUCCGCCGCUCUACGACGACGACUGCUACACCAUGCCACAGCCGUUUGUCGAUACUCUCGCCAACCCCGACGAUGACCUCCUCCAGGAGCUCGACGUGUUGGACGAGGAUGCCACGAGCGCCAACGCGGCUGACGACGAUUCAGGCGCUGUCCUCGUCUAUGCGCCGCUCGACUCGAACAUCGACAGCAGCGGAUCACCGCGCUACCCGUGCCUCCCCGAGGGCGCGGUGUUGUUCCAUCGGGACCCGGACGAGAAGGUCCUCAUCGGCGGGACGGAGUUGUCCGGCGAAGUCCGCCGCCUCCGUUUCUCCUUGUCGUCACCAGACCAGGCGAUGAACCCCGCGCUCGUCCCCAACACCGACGCAGAGGAGGAGGAGGUUCUCACCAUCACGCCCACCAAGUGUUCGACAAUAUACCUCAACCGCGGCAUUUACUCCGUCCCCAACCCGUUCCUCCAUCGUCAGCACCUACUCCGGGACUGCGACGACAACCACGUCGGAGUCGACGUCGACAUCCUUCCUACCUCCGAGUUCGACGAGGGUCCCAUCUUCGACGAGGAGCCCUGCUUCCACCGUAGCCUCCUGGAUUCAGAUCCAGACUCUCCCUACGACUGGGUCGUCCCCGUCAUCGCCGUCCACGGCAGCGGCGACACUGAGCUGUCCCACAGCGAAGUCGACAAGGUCCCCGCGACCGCCGCGCUACCCAACCUGCGCGAGAAGAUCUGCUGUCGGUUCGUCGACAGGACGAAGCUGUCCCGCCACGUCCGCCUCAUCCACUUCUCCCUACCGUUGCCGGACCAGGUGCUCGGCAUCCCCACCGGCACGCAUGUCUUCGACUGCACCAGCGUUGACGGGAAGCCGUGUAUGCGAUCGUACACGCCGACGAGCAAGGAGGACGAGGUUCUCGCCACUACGCCCAACGGGUGUUUGAUGAAUUGCUUCAUCCUCACACAGAGUUGUUUCUCGCCUCCGGUCAGUUGCAGCUGGGAUGCAGUGAUGCAGAGACAACCAUGGCCACCACCUAUGCAAUCCAACCGUGUUGUGAGCAUCACCGACCGCCACACCGAGGAGACCAGCCCCGUGCGCAAACUGGUUGCCGAGAUCAUUGGUGUGCUUGGGUCAAAACACAUGAGAACUGUCACGCCGCUUCCUGACACCGGUCAAUGGCUGCUUCUAUCAUUGAUCGAGAAGCUCCCUCAAAGCGUGGUUGAUCUACUGAGAGCUCAUGUUAUCAAUCUCCAUCAUUAUCUGAUGUUGUUUAGCUUGCUGGGAUUUUCAGUUCUGUUCGACUGUAUCAAAGCACCUGACUCGAAUGCUAUCUGUAGAGGCAUAACACAGGAUAUGACAUAUGCUGCUGUUCAAGCUUACACAGAUGCAUAUAAGCCUGAUUGGGAACGUAUCAACUUCAUUGUAGACAUUUUGAGAUCGACUCCUGGAGAAGGGCCUUCGUGGUACCAUCUUUUGAAGAAAGUUAGUGGCGGCUGCAAUGAUCUUAAGAACAACGAACACAUGCUUGUUGUUGUCCUUACCAAACAGCAAGCUAUUAAGAUAGGAGGCAACUUCCAGAUCGUGGAGUAUUUCCUGGUUGAGGCAAUCCAAAUCCAGUCAUAUGGAGCAGAGGGCAAUACCGAGCUCAACCUUUCAACUGGUGACUACAUAGUGGUAGGGGUGUCAGAUGUCCAGGUCUGGUGUGGCUGCGAUCUGCUAUUCCGCAUUACAGACUGGCACAUUCCAUGGCAUAUCAUCUUGGCGGUAUCAAAAUUUUCCAUCGGCUUGGGAGCCGGCCGAAGCUCAAGAAUGAAGAAAUGUCAGCCAUAUGUCCAGUCGUCAGUCACUUCCUGUGACAAGCAAAAGUUGUUUGUCCGAUUCUUUGGUGUGCUCUACAUAGUGUUCAACAAGAUGAACUUCAUGCUGCUGUUGGACGACGAUUGGGAGCCACUGAUGGAUAAUUACCGACCUUUGGGAAUAAAAUCUCUGAGGUUCAGCACAUUUUCUCUUGGAAAUAUGUCACCAAAGAUAGAAGAGCAAAAAAUUCAGUACAUCAUUCAUACCAUUGGAGGAAGCUUAACUGCAGUUCAUGGAUUUUUUGUCCAACUUGGUGUCAAUGUGGAUACGAGUGACUGGGAGCUUCAAACUCUGGGAAGACUUUCGGUUACUGUGGCAAAGCAAGCCAAGCUCGACCGCUUCCCCAUCACCAUUAGUGAUCCAAUCUCAGCUACGUUCGGUGAACCAUUUGAGAAAGCCAACCCAAGCCAUUCCUCCACAGCAAUCGUUUGUCGAGCUGGUUCAGGAAUUGGUAUGGCUGUUUGCCUUGUUUCUUCUAGUCUAGGUGUUGUUGCUAGUGGCCAAGGCAAUUUCAAAGUCUUAGUUUGGGAUCCUGGUGGUUAUGCAUAUCACAGCUUGGGGACAAGCUGUAUUUCAAGCGGUGGGGAAUGUCAGCAUCUCAGACAGGAGCAAUGAGCAGACAACGAGAACAAGCCACGACAUGCGAGAGUCCAUCGUCCAAACGCCAAGGUUACUGAGCCAAUAUGGGCUAAGUAGUGGGUCAGCUAUCUAUGGGUCGCUUGAUGUUCGAGUAGUACUAUAUAAAAGACAAACACUUGUGUAAUAGGGGCAUGAACAAUUUAGCUAUCAAAUAUCAGACAAACUCGUCUUCCUCCCAGCUAUUCCCUUCUCCAAGUCUUAUUCUCCUCUGAGCUCUUCCUCAUCGAUCCCCCUUAUCAGGUGUCGCUAACACAAGGACCCUAGAUUGUUUUUGUGUGUGUGUGUGCGUUACAAAAAGACUUGCUACCAGCUCGAACCUAGCAGCAGCUUCGAGAACCUGUUUGUUUACUACCACUAGUACUAUUGUA